UUGCAUUUUUUCCUUCGCUUCGUUUCCGACCGAAACAGUUUUGCGUGUGUUUUUUUUACUUUUUUCCGAAUUAUUGUGAGCGUUUGAGCGGAUACAUGAGGCCUCAGAACACGUCUUUGUUUGUCAGGAACAUCUCUGAUGAGUCCAGGCCUGAGGAUUUGCGGCGUGAAUUUGGCCGCUAUGGUCCGAUAGUAGAUGUCUACAUCCCACUUGACUUCUAUACACGUCAACCAAGAGGAUUUGCAUACAUUCAGUUUGAAGAUGUUCGUGACGCGGAAGACGCGCUCCACAGCCUGGACAGGAAGUGGGUUUGUGGCCGGCAGAUCGAGAUCCAGUUCGCCCAGGGGGACAGAAAGACUCCGAACCAGAUGAAGUCGAAGGAGCGGGAUUCUCCGGGCCGGUCGUCUCGAUACGACGACUACUACGACUGGCGGAGACGCUCCCGCAGCCGCAGCAACGACCGGUACCGCUCCCGCAGCCCGUCCUACGACCGACGGCGCCGACGCUCCGGGAGUCCCCGGGAAUCUCGUGGACGAGCGUACGGAGGAGGAGGAGGAGGAGGAGGAGGAGGAAGGAGAAGCAGGAGCCGCGAGGACAACAGGUACAGGCAGAGGCCUCACAGAGAGUCCAGAAGGAGGUCCAGGUCUCACUCCAGAUCCGCGACCCCACAGGAGAAACUGGACCCGUCCGUGGCCCACUACACCGAGGAAGAACCGCGGCGGGCCCAGACCCCCUCCCACUCCAAGUCCAGGUCCAUGUCCAGAUCCCGCUCUCGUUCUCGCUCCUGGGCCGGGCGGAAGUCCCGAGGCCGUUAAGAAGACACAACCCCCCUCCCCCCCAUCAGACGGGCCCGUUUGACCCGGGUGUGGCUCCGUCUGCAGAACACGGCUGCUUGUUCUGAUUUUUAUAAAGUUUCCCUCCAGUCAGAAUCUGAAGUCGCUCUGAACGGGCUCAGAUGUUUUUAGUUCUCGAUCCAGUAUUUGAACAGCUGCCCAGAUGUUGGUCUUCAGGAGUCCUUUAGGUUCCGAUUCCUCCUGAAGUCCGGUUCAGAUGAACUCUCGUGUAGUUCAUCAGUUGAGUGUUAAUGUAAACAUAUUUCUGUCGGUUUUUAUUUGUGAGGUGACUCCAGGCGGCGGUUCUGAGGAGGAUCGGGUCGUUUCUGUUCCUGCAUGUUUUCUCUUCAGGAGGAUCGUUUCUGUUUUCGUUAAUAAAUCUGAAACUGAA